GUAACAAUAAAACAUCACUCCUCCUAUCCCUACCCCCAACAAAAAAGGUUAUAUUGCAUACAAAUACUAGCUGGGAUUGUGUUUUCUUGUGAAAAUGUUGGUCUUUGUAUCUCCAUCAUGUCUUCUCCCAUCACAAAAACCACAUCCCUACUACAAUCCCAAACCCAUCAAAAUCCAAUGUAUGUCUACCCAAACAACCCCCCCAAUCGAAAAAAUCGCCAUAGCCGGUGGACUCAUAUCGACACCAGUAAUUGGAUGGUCACUAUACACCUUAAAAACAACAGGCUGUGGGCUUCCACCAGGACCUGGUGGCUCCAUUGGAGCCAUUGAAGGUGUAAGUUACUUAGUCGUGGUGGGUAUUGUGGGUUGGUCACUGUAUACCAAGUCCAAAACCGGGUCGGGCUUACCUAAUGGACCCUUUGGAUUGUUGGGUGCCGUUGAAGGGUUCUCCUACUUGUCGUUGCUCGCCAUUUUGGUUGUCUUUGGGUUGCAGUUCUUAGAACAAGGUUCCAUUCCUGGGCCACUCCCUAAUGAUCAAUGCUUUGGCUAAGUUCUAAUCUUUGUAGCUAUGGUUUUUAAAAAUUAUGAGUUUGUAUUUUUAUGGUUUAUUCAUGAAUUUUUAUGCAUAACAAUGAAACUAUUGAAUUUCGAUCAUGGACCUAUGUAUCGUGAAAAAUCCAGUGCACACAAACCUGUAUCUCUCUCAAAAGCAAUAAAAUGUCGAGUUAUGUGUCUGAGAUUAA